AUGGCGUCCGAAUUCGUCGACCCCAGGAUGACCUCCAUCAAGCCUCGCAUCCGUUACAACACCAUCGGAGGUAUCAACGGCCCGCUGGUCGUGCUGGACAAUGUCAAAUUCCCCCGCUACAACGAGAUCGUCUCCCUUACUCUUCCUGACGGCACCGAGCGAUCGGGUCAGGUGCUGGAAGCUCGAGGAAACCGAGCCGUCGUUCAGGUCUUCGAGGGUACAUCUGGCAUCGAUGUUAAGAAGACGAAAGUCGAAUUCACCGGUCACAGUUUGAAGCUGGGUGUCUCCGAGGACAUGCUGGGUCGUGUCUUUGACGGUUCCGGUCGCGCGAUUGACAAGGGCCCCAAGGUCCUGGCGGAGGACUACCUCGACAUCAACGGUCAACCUAUCAACCCCUACUCUCGAGUACGACAGGUUUACCCCGAAGAAAUGAUCUCGACCGGUAUCUCGGCCAUCGAUACCAUGAACUCCAUCGCCCGUGGACAGAAGAUCCCCAUUUUCUCCGCCGCCGGUCUCCCGCACAACGAAAUCGCCGCCCAGAUCUGUCGUCAGGCUGGUCUGGUCAAGCGUCCGACCAAGGACGUCCACGAUGGCCACGAGGAGAACUUCUCCAUCGUGUUCGCUGCUAUGGGUGUCAACAUGGAAACCGCUCGUUUCUUCACCCGCGAUUUCGAGGAGAAUGGCAGCAUGGAGCGUGUCACGCUGUUCCUGAACUUGGCCAACGACCCGACGAUCGAACGUAUCAUUACCCCUCGUCUUGCUCUGACUACGGCCGAAUACUAUGCCUACCAGCUCGAGAAGCACGUCCUUGUUAUCAUGACUGAUCUAUCAGCCUACUGUGACGCCCUUCGUGAGGUGUCUGCCGCCAGAGAAGAAGUCCCCGGUCGUCGUGGAUACCCCGGUUACAUGUAUACUGACUUGUCGACCAUCUACGAACGUGCGGGUCGUGUGGAGGGCCGUAACGGAUCCAUCACGCAGAUCCCCAUUCUAACCAUGCCUAACGAUGAUAUCACUCACCCCAUUCCUGAUUUGACUGGCUAUAUUACCGAGGGUCAGAUCUUCAUCGACCGUCAGCUCUACAACAAGGGUGUCAACCCUCCGAUCAACGUGUUACCCUCUCUCUCCCGUCUGAUGAAGUCUGCCAUCGGCGAGGGCCGUACCAGGAAGGAUCACUCCGAUGUGUCCAACCAGCUGUACGCCAAGUACGCCAUUGGACGAGACGCCGCCGCCAUGAAGGCCGUCGUGGGUGAGGAAGCCCUGUCGUCCGAGGACAAGCUCUCUCUCGAAUUCCUCGACAAGUUUGAGCGCACGUUCAUCAGCCAGUCGGCGUACGAGUCGCGAACCAUCUUCGAGUCCCUCGACAUCGCCUGGAACCUGCUCCGGAUUUACCCCAAGGACCUGCUCAACCGUAUCCCCAAGCGUGUGCUGGACGAGUUCUACGCGCGGUCGGCCCGCAAGGUUGCCAACAAGGAUACGCGAGACAACACCACUGCUCCGGAGCAGGUGCAAUCGUCGCAGACGGCGGAUCUCAUCGAGACUUAA